AUGGAGGACAGUGGUCUAGUCCAGAAAGCGAAGACUGGUGGUGUAGCAGGCACCAUGGAACGAGUGGCAGUAGCCGCCUGCAGAGCGGAAGGCAGGGCGUUGGCGCGCGCUGGAAGGGCGGAAGGCAGGGCCGCGGCUGCUGCGGGAAGGGCCGAAGGCAAGGCGGCGGCAAUCGCGGGAAGGGCUGAAGGCUUUCGCCGUCUCAAAAAGAAGCCAAGACGUCAAAGCUGUCACCGUCACCGAAGGCCACCUCGCAGCACUGCAAGGCUGCUGGCGCCCGGGAACGGCGUGCUGCUUGCGGCAGGAAGCGUACGUCCAGGAGACGACGCAGAGAUUCUUCAUGCAGUGACUGCUGUUCAACCUGCUCUGAAGACAGUUCCUCUGAUGAAAGCCAUUCUGAUAGCUGUAGCACCUGCAGUGACUAUGAUACAGGCAGUGACAGAAGUUACAGUGACACUUCCUGCUCAUGCUCAGACUGCUACAAUGAAGAGGACUGGACACCUGGCAACAGCCCACUGAAGCAAAAGAAAAAAUAAUUUCAGGAGUGUAUAUAAUAUAGUUGGCAUCUUCGCUGAUAUUUAUUCAUAAAUUUGUUUAAUUUUAAGGUUGGCUUGUAUGGAUACUGAUUGUAAAGGUAAUUUUUUAAAGUUGAAGUGUGAAGAAAUUUUAACUGAAAUUUUUAAACUGUAUUUUCCAAAACUCUUAAGGUGCAAAAUUCUAAA